UUAAUUUGUAUCUUGUGGUAAGUAAGCCUAUUAAGUUACUUCCCUUUAUUCGAUAUACGCCAUUUGUACUGUAAAUGUCUCCGAUCUUCAAAAACAUAUUUCCGAGAUAUUUUAACUUAAAGAUGCUUCAAGCCCCUGCUGCAGAUAACAACAGAGCUCCAAUACUUGAUGUGUUAUGUAAAUAUUUACCUCAAGAUUUUCAGGGGGUAUGUCUAGAGAUAGCAUCAGGUACUGGUCAACAUGUCAUUCAUUUUGCACAAUAUUUCAAGCAAGCCACAUUUCAACCUAGUGAUAUUGAUCAAGCUAAUAUAAAAAGUAUAUCAGCAUAUACAGCACAUCAUAGACUGUCUAAUGUAAAACCACCUAUUACUAUAGACAUCACAACUCCUGUAACUAGUUGGUCAGAGAAAAUAAGCCCCGCCUCCUGUGAUGUCAUAUAUAAUGCUAACAUGGUUCAUAUAUCACCUUGGGAAACAGCUAUA